AUGCUUUCCCUUCUUGGGUCGUCCGCCAGCUCGGCGACAACUUGGCGAAUCGUCAGCCACCCAUACUCAACAUCAUCACAGUACCCGUACACCUCAGCAAUCCCUCAUCUCGCUCCUCACCCGCCACCCGCUUCUGGUCUCCUGGGUGUCGCCGUCGACCUUUCAUCUGCCCUGGCCUGCGUCUUCCGACUGCCUGGAGUCCUGGAGUCUUACUCCUCGCUCGUCGUGCCCUCCACGGAGGUCGACGAGCGUGGAUUGCACGAGUCCACGAUGGGCCUUUACACAGAUCCACCCCCGCUUCGCUCUUUCUCGGAGGACAAGCCAUCACUGCUGGUUUGCUGGUGGAUAACGUCAUUUUGCACCCUCAUCAUUUUGCUGCGGGUUGCCGGCCGCUUCAUUCGAACUGAGAGGCUGUUCCAGGAGGACAAGGUCGCCGCGCUCGCUCUGAUCCCUCUGUGGCUCCGGAUGGUCUGCGUGCACUUUGUGCUCCUCUACGGAACCAACAACACCCAGCUAGGCAUCUUGUCCGCCGAAGAGACGCGAAGGAGGCGGAUCGCAAGUGGUCUCGUGCUCGCGAGUCGCAUUUUCUACGCCGCAACAUUAUGGAUGCUGAAGAACACUAUUUUAGAGUUCUUCAAGCGCCUCACUGGCGUGACUUGGGCACGUUCGUACGAACAGACACUGGUUUUCAUCAGAUGUACUUUGGUCGCAACCUUCAUCGCAAUCAUCAUCAGUGACCUAGCGGAAUGCAGGCCCUUCAAUCACUACUGGCAGGUCACUCCUGACCCGGGCGGACAGUGCCGACAAGGGUUUGCUCAUCUUAUCACGAUGGCGACGUGCAACAUCAUCACAGACGCACUCCUCGUCUUUUUUCCCAUCCCGAUCAUCUUACGGAGUCAAAUGGGCCUCAAACGAAAGGUCCAACUGACGCUACUUUUCUCUCUCAGCCUAGCUGUCAUCGGUGUAACGAUCUAUCGGGUUCCCCACGUCAUCAGGAAGCACGGACAGCAGCAACUGCGAUCGGUUUUUGCGUCCGUUGAACUAUUAUUCGCAACCACAGCUGCGAAUGCCCUGGUGCUUGGUUCUUUUGUGCGCGAUCGAGGACUCAAGAAGCAAAAAUUCAAGUACGGUUCAGUUGCGGCCGACUCCAUGGACCGUGCCUCUGAUUCUCGGCGGCCAACCCUUCACCGACAUUGGGGCAGUGACGAGGACCUGGUACGGGAUGUCGGUCUCGGGGUCGAUCCUGACUUGCGAGAAGAGGACGAUGAUUUUGAUGGCGAGAGGCCACGAUAUACCCCCGCUCCGGUGGCAAGAUCCUUCGGGGACGAGCUGAAGAAUUGGCAAUUCCCCCAACGCAAGCGGAGUAACGCCGAACGCAGCGAUGCUUCUCUACUCCCGCAUGACCAACUCUCGUCGUCCCGAAGCAACUCGACCAUCACUCCACGGAGGGUCUCAUUUUUCGACGUCGGAGGACUUUUAUCGGAAGACCAGUUGGGAACACCCACGUACCGAAGGGAUAGUCUGGUAUCGAGCGUGGAUCCGAAAUCGUCCCCAGGACACGGGAUACCGUCACCGACCCUUCCUGCUGCGUCAAAUGGUGUCCGACGAGGCUCGACUGCCCUCUUGCAAGACCUCGGCGGCCUUCUUGGACCAAUCAACACAAAGCCGUCGCGACAGAGAUCCAGAAGCGGUACCGAGCUACAACCCAUACCCCAAUCACAACAUGACGAUCACCCAUCAUAUAACCCACGCCCCGGCGAGCCAACUCUGAUCGAUCCCGGCGGCCUCUUGAAGUAG